CUCUCUCUCUCUCUCUCCCUCAAGGCCUCAAAAGGGGAGGGGAUUGAAGUGCAGAUUUAGGAUGGCCUCCGGCUCCGGCUCCGGCUCCGGCUCCGCCUCGGACAGCGGGAACAAGUCGUUGGAGACGGCCCGGCGGCUGCUGGAGGAGGCGGCGCUGCCCACGGAGGCAGAGCAGCUGCCCUCGGAACGGGGGUUCUACGACGCCUUCGUCCUGAGGGGCAUCCGCGUCCAGGCCGCCCACCCCGGCAGCCUCCUCUGCCACUACACCGUCCCCUCCAGGCUACUCAACUCGGGCGGGUUCCUGCACGGCGGCGCAACUGCCUCCCUCGUUGAUUUGGUUGCCUCCGCCGUCUUCUGCACCGCCGGCCUCCGCACCAGGGGCUCUCCCCUCGAGAUGAACAUCUCCUACCUGGAUGCCGCCUUCUCCGAUGAAGAGAUUGAUAUCGAGGCGACGGUUCUGCAUGCUGGAAAGUCUGUCGGAGUGGCUGUUGUGGAACUGAAGAAGAAAUCUGGCAAAAUCAUCGCUCAAGCUCGCUACUCCAAGUAUCUCGGUGCAUCCAGCAAACUUUGAAGUAACCUCGGUGGCCUUGCACUGUAGGUACCAAACAAGCUGUGAUAUGGGCUGUUUACUGCUCCAGGUUGAAGACAAGCUGUGAUAUCUCGUAUAUGCGUGUGUAAUGAAGGAACGAGUUGUAAGUUUAGUUUUGUCCACGUGAGUGGCUGCCUCUAUCUUCACUUCACUUUAAUAGAAGCACUCGCUCACUCACUACAUAAAAAGCUGCAUGUUUAUGUGGCUGCCAACUGCUAAGUUUAUGCGACAGAUAGACGACAGUCAACAGGAGCAUUUCUUUGCCUAUAAA